UCCUCCUUUUCAACGCCCUCGCCGUCGUCUCCCUCGUCCUACUCUAGACUCUCCUCCCGGCUCUCAGUCUACUACUACAUCCACACGCAGACUUCCGGCUGCAAUCGGAAUGCGCCGCGCGGCGGAGUGAGUCGCCACGGAGAGUCCAGAAUGUUCGAACGCGUCGUCACUCAGGUUCUCCACGGAUACCUAGGUCGCUACGUCAAGGAUUUCCACAAGCACCAGCUCAAGAUCACCAUCUGGAAUGAGGAAGUGUUCUUGGAGGACGUGGAGCUUAGUCUCGAAGCGUUUGAGUAUCUACAGUUGCCUUUCGCUCUCAAACAAGGUCGGAUUGGAAAGAUAAGCAUCAAAAUUCCAUGGAAAAAGCUUGGUUGGGACCCCUUUGUAAUUAGUUUGGAAAACGUGUAUCUAUGUGCAUCCCAGCGAGACGAUGAAGAGUGGAGUUUGGAUGAAGUUGAAAAGCGAGAGUUUGCUGGGAAAAAGGCCAAACUUGCAGCAGCAGAGCUGGCCAAAUUAUCGAAACGUGUAUGCGAAAAUCAGGCUGGGUUUUUAUCGAUUAUUACUGCAAAGGUUGUUGACAGCAUCCAAGUGUCAAUUAGAGAUUUCCAUAUCUUGUACCACGACAAACUGAGUGGCUCGGCAUGUAAUAUUUUUGGUUUGAAGUUUUCCAGCUUGAGGACUAUGAAACAAAAUCCUUCCUGGUCAGUUGCAAAGGGAAGAGGGGGCCAAGUUAACAAAACUGUGGAGAUUAUCGGUUUGGAGUUUUACUGUGGCACACUUGAUGGGACAGUGGACUUGAUGACUAUGAACAAUGGCAGGGACUCCACAGUAUGGCAAGAUCCAAGAUGGGAUGAGAAAAGAUAUAACUCUAUACUGUCACCAUGUGAUGUGUCCAUGUCCCUUUUGGUCAACAGAUCAGGAGAGAUUGAUAGCAAAACUCCGCAGUACUCGAUCACCGCUGAGAUAACUGACUUGUUGAUGUCCAUAGAUGAGGUUCAGUUGCAACAGAUUUUAUUUCUUUGGGAUUAUUUUUGUAUGUGUGAAUUGAGAAACAAGUAUGGGCGUUAUCGUCCCUGGAGUAGUCCGUUAUCAAGAAAGGUGAAGGGUUGGAAAAUGUUGUGGUGGCAUUAUGCGCAAGAAUCUGUCUUAUCAGAUGUGCGGAAGCGAUUAAAGAAAACAUCAUGGAGACAUUUUGGACAGAGACUAAGCUCUUGUCGGAAGUAUGUUAACCUAUAUAAAAUUAAGUUGGAUCUUCUUCGGCAUGAUCAGCCAAUUGAUGAAAGUACACGAUGGGAAUUGGAGCAGAUGGAGAAAGAAUUAGAUUUAGAUGAUAUUUUAAGUUACAGGUCGGCUGCAGAAUGUGAGUUGCAGGAGUUUCUGGUGAAUUCUUCAACUGGAAAAUCCCGUGGAUGGCUGAACUGGCUAUCUCUUGGCAUGCUUGGUGCUGGAGGAACUGAUGAUUUGGGUCAAUUUUCUGGGGCCGUUUCUCUUUCUGAUGCAGUUAUUAAGGAUAUAUAUGAGGCGACAGAGUUCAAUCCUCCUAUUUUAUCUAAUGUUGAUGCUCCAACAAAUGAUAAGAUUGAUAUAUGCGCACUCCAGUUCAGCAUUAGUCGAAUUUCUGCAACACUGCGUAACAUGAAGUAUGGCCAAGAAAUUUCAGAGUUGAUGUUGAAUGGGGUGACUAUAGAGUGCAAAUUCAGGGAAGAAUCUGCAGCUGUUGUUGCCAUUGUGAAGUCAGGGGAGAUGGUUUAUCCGUGUAACAAGAAAAUCAUUUUGCAGCUACAAAAGCCUAAUAAUGAGAAGAACGAAUUGGAAAACGAUAAUCCUUCCUUUAGAUUGCAAGUAGAUGUUUCAUCAAAUCUCGACGCUGAAUUGUCCAUUAAGGGGAUGCUUCAACCAUUAGAAGUUACCAUCGAUGCAGAUUUUUUUUUAAAGUUGAUGGAUUUUCUUGGGGUGUUUAAAUCCUUUGAAAGUCAGCAUGGAAGGGUCCUUCUUUCGCUAAAUGGGAUAGACAAUGUUGAUGGUCGACUGUUGUCGAAAGCUGAAUACAUUUUAUCACGUCAUGGGAAAGUGGUGUGGGAUGUUACUAUUUUCCAUAUCAUCAUAAAUGUUCCUUUGGGAGAUGCAAUAUCCGAUCCACAUAACUUGGUUUUUGAAGCAGGCUCUGUUCGCUUUAGGACUAAAUGUGAUGUGAGGUCUCAGCCAUCAGAUGAUGAGGAACAAACUCUAAAGAACUUCCUAACUUCAAGCUGUAAUAUUUCUCCACGUGUCCAAAUACAAGAUCUCUAUGAUCACUAUGAGGUCAAGAUAAAUGAUCUUGAGUUGACGGUAACAUUACCUUCUCAUUCAUCUCCGAUUUAUAUCUUGGAGAAACUUAGUGCUUCUGUCACCUUUGCAUCUUGCUUGAUCCAAGAUGAGUCGAUAUUGAAACAGUUGGAGGCUUCUGUCAUCAUAUCAUCAGUUCACGCACAUUUUUCUCCAUCAAUAUAUGCUGCAAUUAUGGGACUGAUAGCAUAUAUAGGUGCUGUGCAAUUGAAAUUUGAAUCUCUACCCUUCGAAAAUACUGGUUCACUAAAUGCUGCAUCAAAUGGAUUUAAGACUCCGGUUUUUGGUUUCUCUACCAAUUUUAAACUGGAGAUGAUGAAGAUUGAAGUCGAACUGGAAAAUGAGCAAGAAAAUAGCUCGUCAUUCAUGCUCAAAUUCCAACAAUUGGAUAUCGGCUAUUCCUUUUCAAAACAUGAGGAAUGCUGGAUUUUAGUGAACACAUUGAGUAUCGCCACUUCUAAAUUGGCUGGUAAAAGUGAUGGUCGGAUUUUGUAUUCAUCUGGAAAUCAAUCAUCUGAUGCUUUACAGCCACAGGAAAUUGUGAUUGACAAUAUAAAUGAUUGUAUUGCCAACAACGCGGGUAAUAAUGAAGCAUGCUUUACUUUACAAUAUGCAUCUCAUCCGAAAGACACAGUUCCUCAAGAAUGUAGAAUAUGCUUAAAUAAUGGCGAUCUCCACUGCUACCCAUCUGUAAUCCAGCUUCUGAUUGCAUUUUUUGAUAGACUAUCUGCAUAUGGUGCAUCUAGUCCUGGUAAGGACACCUUGAGCUCAUCUAUGGAUUCUAGGUAUCCAAAAAGUGUUCCUGGUUUUGGGUUUCAAAGGUUUGGUUUCUCCAACUUCGUAGAAACUGGGUCCUCUGAGUAUGCCAGCAUACCUUUAGAUCGAUUUCCAUUUGUAAUGCUAUCCAAUGCUGGUUCCCUUGGUAACCUUGAAAGCUCUUUGGCUUAUGGCAGUCCCCAGUGGAGAAAGUACUUCAGUCUAAGGGACUGCAGAGUCAGCAGCCCAGAAUCUAGCAUAAAGGAGGUAUCUAAAAUGUUUCAUGCCCCAGCGUUGAAGUCCCCAUCUGUGGUUGAAGCUUCUGCUGUGUGUGGAAAUUCUGCUACCACUAGUAGUCUUCUUGUGAUUGAUGUCAAUCUCUGUGGAAUCAGAGUGCAUUUUCAUGAUUCCAAAUGCAUUGUUGGAACAAUCACCCUUUCUAGGUCCAACUCUUCAGUAUCAAUUUAUGAAAAAUGCUUCGAUAUAUUGUGUUCUAUGGAGGGGUUACUUCUCAGUUCGUCUUGGUCAUCACAUAAUCUACGUGAGAAUCUAUGGGGCCCCUCAGUGUCAAACAUGUCUCCUAUUUUAAAUGUACGUGUGAAGAAAGAAUGUGGGCCAUUGGGUUCACGUGUUGAACUAUGCUUCAGCAUACAGCAUGUCUAUUGCAUUUUACCUCCUGAAUAUCUGGCCAUAAUAAUUGGUUACUGCUCCUUAUCUGAUUGGAGUUCAGACACUAAUGACCAGCUUGUCACCAUAGGGCAUGAAGAUACUGAAAGUGAAUAUGAAUGUCCCUUUGUUUACAAGAUUGAGAUAUUGGACUCUGUUUUGAUUGUGCCUGUGGAAAGCAACGAGGGUCAGUUUCUAAAGAGUGAACUCCAGCAGUUCUACUGUACAUUUAUUCAAAGGAAUUUAACUGACGUACUGAAGGACAUUCCUCAUGAAUGUUGGGUCCAUGCUGAUAAACUUGCUAAAAGAAAUCAUUCUUUAAAUUUGUUCGGACAAGACUUGAUUCUUUCAUUCCUAUGUUUCAAGGACAACCAAUACAGUUCCUUUGUCGAUGUUCCGUUAAUUGCUCCUCUUUGUGCUGACGUGUGGGUCGAAAUACCUUGUGAAAAUGAAUCCGCAUGUGAAAGUUCUCCCUCAAACACUUGUGUCAUGAUUAAAGUCGGAAACUGUCAGCUUAAGCCCGAGGAUGAUCACUUUUUUCACGGAUUUCAGGGGCUAAUUGAUAUCAUCAAUCGAUUUUCCAUAGUUUCUGAUCUAUCUGAAUGUUUCAAGUCUGAUGUUCUACAGUUCCUUCAGUCAAAAAGGUCCCUAGCACAGGAAAAUGCAGCUCCACCCGUAGUUUCAAGCAUUAAUUAUACCGAAGUUAGAUGCUUUAUCAAUUCAUUAUCGAUACUGUUGGAUCCGUGCCAAAGAGUCUCUCAAGACCCUCUUGCCACUGCUGAAAUGAAAUUAAUCUGCUCUGCAUCACUGAGAAAUGAUACUCUCUCAAGUCUAGCUCUAAGUUUUUCUUCCCUAGAAUUAAGUUCAUUACGCAAUUCUAUUGUAUUGGCAAGAUGCAAGUCCACAAGCUCAACCUCAUCAGUUCUUGAUUUUUCUCUUAACAAAGAAAAAAGCGGUUCAAAUGAAGUUCAUAUUUCUUUGCCUUCUGUUGAAGUGUGGUUACAUUUGUCUUACUGGACUGAGGUUAUUGACUUCUUUAAAUCUUAUGCUGGACAAUCAUCCACAAGUCUGCCAGACAACUUAGAGCAGGAAACUGAUUCUCUCAUCAUGAGGUCAGAACAGAUUUAUAUUACAUUCCACUAUCCUUUUUGGAUAGCUGACCGAGUUUCUGGGGAAUAUCAGGGAGAGGAAUGCGAUGGAGAUGCCUCUACAAAUGAUUUAUCUGAGAUAGUUGAAGCAAAAGUCUUUAGGUCCAUUGCAGUUACUUUGUGCAGUCGAAGUAGUGAACUUUUUGUUGAUGGAAGAAAUGUGAAAGUGAAGUCUGACAUAGAAAAACUGGAGGGCAUGGUAUUGGUAAGUCAGGAUGAAAGUGUUCAGUCUACGCCCUUUUUCCAAAUAUCUCAGGUCCUCUUGCUAGCUGAUGUAAAUAACUGGAUGGACAUUGUGCACGUUGAAGUGGAUGUUCAGUGUGAUCAAUUAGAUGUAUGGGUUUCACACAGCAUUCUCUACUUCUGUCACUGUGUACAAUUUAGUGUUGCUGAAGGAGGGCAUUCUCAAUUAUCUUUUGGUAAAAUUGAUGCUAAAGUCCAUCUUGGGAAGGUUUCUUUUCUGCUAAGUGAUGGAAGGUGGAGUUGUAGUGGACCCCUUUUUCAGAUUCUUAUGGGGAACAUCCUCUUGCUUGUUAAUGCGACUGAUAAUAAACUUGAAUGUUUAGUUUCUGGUCAACUUCAAGUGAACUACAAUAACAUUCACAAGGUGUUCUGGGAGCCUUUUAUUGAGCCUUGGCAGUGUGAGGUCAAUGUCAUUAGAAAAGAAGAGAUGAGUCUCAGCAGCUCCAAUUUGACAGACAUCCAUCUCACAUCAUCUGCACACCUUAAUGUGAACUUCACUGAAUCCCUUGUAGAGUGUGUUUUCAGGACAUUUGAGAUGAUUAAGGAUGCUUGGCUUGUAGUGAGUCCAAAUGAUUUUCCUGAAAGCCAAAAGUUAUUACAUUCCCCAUUUUCCGAGUACACAUAUGCAGGAAAAUAUGCUCCUUAUGUACUCCAAAACUUGACAUCGCUGCCUCUAGCAUAUCAUGUUUAUCAAGGCCCAAUUAGUCCUGAUGAGUUUAAUGCCUCAGAAAUGAAUAAAAAAUUUGUGCAACCAGGAUCAUCUAUUCCAAUAUAUAUCAAUGAUACUCCUGAAAAACAACUUAUUCAUGUUAAGCCAGCACACUUCUCUGAGAGAAUAUUUGACCAGAAGGCAAAUGGGGUUCGUCAUCAGUAUAUUACCAUUCAAGUUGAUGGAUCAGUGCCAUCUGAACCGAUUUCAAUGGAUCUCGUAGGACUUACCUACUUCGAGGUUGACUUUUCUAUGUCUUACAAUGACAAUAUGGAAAACCAUAGAUCAAAUGCCAAUGCUGGUUUUGUUGUUCCGGUUGUAUUUGAUGUUUCAGUGCAGCGGUACAGCAAGUUAAUCCGAUUAUACUCAACGGUUAUACUUUCAAAUGCGACUUCAAUGCCACUGGAACUGCGAUUUGAUAUUCCAUUUGGUGUGGCCCCAAAGAUCUUAGAUCCAAUAUAUCCUGGUCAAGAGCUACCACUGCCUCUACACUUGGCUGAAGCUGGUAGGAUUAGAUGGCGUCCAGUCGGAGAUUCUCAUCUCUGGAGUGAAGUUUAUAACCUGUCAAACCUGCUUUCUCAGGAGGGAAAAAUUGGAUUUCUCAAGUCUUUUGCUUGCUAUCCAGCCCAUCCCAAUAGUGAUCCAUUUCGCUGUUGUAUCUCAGUUAAAAACAUCAGUUUACCUUCGCCUGUUAUGUCAAGAAAGAGCUCUUUAAAGCAAACAGUUGCAGGUGGUGGUCAAAUAUUGCACAAGGAUGAGGCGAAAAACCAAUUUAUUCACCAAGUAGUCCUCAGUAUCCCUUUAGUAGUCAAUAAUUAUCUACCUGACGCUGUGACAUUGACCAUAGAAAGCGGUGGGAUUACCCGAACCACAUUUCUUUCAGAGCAGGUGGAAACUUCUUUUCAUAAUGUUGAUCCUUCUCAUCACCUGAGAUUGGAGAUCCAUAUGCAUGGGUUUAAAACAGCUAUUUUGGACUUUCCACGUACUGAAAUAUUCUGUAAAAAAGCUAAGUUUGGGGGGACAAAGUUUUCACUUUCUGAAGUUGUGACAUUCGACAGAGACUCCAUAAAUGGUCCACUGUAUGUCACAGUGGAAAAGGUGAUGGAUGCAUUUUCUGGAGCCAGGGAACUCUUCAUCUCUGUUCCCUUUCUGUUGUAUAAUUGCACUGGGUUUCCACUGAUCAUUUCUGAAUCUGCCAGUGAAGUGAUAGGUGGUAGCUGCAUUGUGCCUUCUUGCUAUCAUAUGGCUGAACAAGAAGUACUUCUAGGAAACAAGGAUGGUCUUGGUCUGGUAUCUUCUACCUCUAAUCCUAAUGCUAGAGAGUCGCAUACAACCAGAAGUUCUUCCUCAAGUGUUCAUAUUGUUUCAAUUAGAGACAGUGCUGAGACUCACAAAGGAAUAAGUUCUAGCAAACCUCUGUACUCUGAAGAGAAUUUUAAUGAGCUUUUAAGCAACUGUAAUAUAGACAGGGAAAACUCGGUUUCCAACAGUUUACAGAGUAGAUCAAGUUCAAGCAGUCAGUUGACCUCAAAAGAUUUAAACUCUAGUGGUUAUGACCGUGGCAGAGUAAGGGCAUGCAUGUUCUCCCCUAAACCAACUUCCUCUGCUGGUGAAGUGAUGGUUAGGGUGAGUAGGUGUAUGCCUGAGCAUGUGACAGAAAAGAUGCCAAAUUCUUUAUGGUCAAGUUCAUUUUCCCUGAUCCCACCUAGUGGUUCAACUACUGUCCUUGUUCCUCAAGCAUCAUCAAAUCAGGCCUUUAUGAUGUCCAUCACGUCCGGUGCAGUUGCCGCACCAUUUGCUGGGAGGACAAGUGCCAUUACUUUCCAACCAAGGUACAUCAUCAGCAAUGCAUGCAGUAGGAGCUUAUGCUAUAAGCAGAAAGGAACUGACUUCUCUUUUCAAUUGGGUACAGGGGAACAUUCUCAUCUUCACUGGAUGGAUACGACUAGGGAGUUGCUCGUCUCCGUUCGUUAUAAUGAGCCUGGAUGGCAAUGGUCAGGUGGCUUCUUGCCAGACCAUCUUGGUGACACUCAAGUUAAAAUGCGGAAUUAUCUGUCUGGUUCCUUAAAUAUGAUACGGGUUGAAGUGCAAAACGCUGACGUAUCUGUGGGAGAUGAAAAGAUUGUUGGAAGCUUCCAUGGAAAUUCUGGGACCAACUUGAUUCUUGUAUCAGAUGAUGAGACUGGUUAUAUGCCCUACAGGGUUGAUAAUUUUUCAAAUGAGAAGCUAAGGAUAUACCAACAAAAGUGUGAAACCUUUGAAACUGUUGUUCAGUCCUACACUUCUUGCCCUUAUGCCUGGGAUGAACCAUGCUAUCCGCAUCGUCUAAUCGUGGAGGUACCUGGUAAGCGUGUUUUAGGAUCAUAUGCGCUUGAUGAUGUAAAAGAAUACAAUCCGGUGCAAUUACCAUCAUCUCCCGAGAAACCUGAGAGAACAUUGCAUAUAUCCAUCCAUGUUGAGGGAGCAACAAAGGUUCUCCAUGUUAUUGAUUCAAGUUACCAUGUUUUGAAUGACAACAAAAGUAACCGUCCUCACUCAAAAGACAAAGGAAAAUAUGAACAGAAACAGGACAAGUUCAUUGGUUUUAUGGAAAGAAUUUCAGUGUUCAUUCAGCAGAUUGGUAUCUCUGUGAUCACUAUUCACCCUCAGGAGUUGCUUUUUAUAUGUGCAAAGAACAUUACAGCUGAUCUGGUACAGAGUUUGGAUCAACAAAAACUUUCAUUCCAAAUCUCAUCAUUGCAAAUUGACAAUCAGCUUCGAUCUUCCCCAUAUCCUGUUAUGUUGUCUUUUGAUCGUGAGCACAAAAACAAUCCAGCUGCCCGUGUGAUUAGGGACGAUGACAUGAAACCAAGUGAAAGGAUAUUGCAAAAGGUUUCUCCCAAUUAUGAACCUGUAUUCUGCCUAGCUGUAUCUAAAUGGAGGAAGAAAGAUGUCUCGUUGGUUUCAUUUGAAUACAUAAGCUUAAGGGUUGCAGAUGUUUGUCUUGAGCUUGAACAAGAAUUGAUAUUAAGCCUAUUUGGGUUCAUAAGAAGUGUAUCUUCAAGGUUUCAGAGUAGAGUCUUGCCAUUAUCAGAUCCGUUCCUGCACCCUUCUAAUGAUGCAGGUUCAAUGGAUCUGUAUGCAACUGAUAACCAACUUCACUUGAUGUAUGUUCCUCUGUUUAAUGAACACCACAAGCAGAGACUCUCACUGCCUUCAAUAGUUCCGAUUGGAGCUCCUUGGCAGCAAAUUUACCUUUUGGCUAGAAGACAAAAAAAGAUCUAUGUAGAAAUGUUUGAAUUGUGCCCCAUCAAGGUGACCCUCAGCUUUUCCAGCACUCCAUGGAUGCUUAGAAAUGGGAUUCUUGCAGCAGGAGAAUCUGUUAUUCAUAGAGGUCUGAUGGCUCUUGCUGAUGUGGAGGGUGCACGAAUUCAUCUGAAGCAAUUAACAAUUGCACACCAACUUGCUAGCGUAGAGUCUCUACAGGAGAUCCUUAUGAGGCAUUAUACUCGGCAACUUCUUCAUGAGAUGUAUAAGGUGUUUGGUUCAGCCGGUGUUAUUGGCAAUCCCAUGGGAUUUGCAAGGAGUGUAGGGCUUGGCAUUAGAGACUUCUUGUCAGUACCUGCCAGAAGCAUUUUUCAGAGCCCUACUGGAUUAAUUACUGGCAUGGCACAAGGCACGACGAGUCUCCUAAGCAAUACCGUCUAUGCUAUAAGUGAUGCUGCCACCCAAUUCAGUAAAGCUGCCCACAAGGGAAUUGUGGCAUUUACGUUUGAUGACCAGGCAGUUUCAGGAGUGCAACAGCAACAGACUGGUGUAGAAUCUCAUUCUAAAGGCGUUAUCAAUGAAGUAUUUGAGGGACUCACUGGUCUUCUUCAAUCACCGAUCAAUGGAGCUGAGAAGCAUGGUCUUCCUGGUGUGCUCUCAGGCAUAGCUUUAGGUAUUACGGGACUUGUGGCCAAACCAGCUGCUAGUAUUCUUGAAGUUACUGGAAAAACUGCACAGAGCAUUAGAAACCGGAGUAGGAUCUAUCAAACGAGACAGCAGCGCUUUAGGGUCCGUCUUCCAAGGCCUCUAAGCCGAGAAUAUCCCUUGAGACCUUACUGUUGGGAAGAAGCUGUUGGAACAUCAGUACUUGUUGAGACAGAUGGUAGUUUAAGGCUUAAGGAUGAAAUUUUUGUCACCUGCAAGAAACUUAAAGAAGCUUGUAAAUUUGUCAUCAUCACAGAGAGACUGGUUUUGAUUGUAAGCUGCCCGAGUUUGGUGGACUUUGGUAAGCCUGAAUUUCGUGGUGUUCCUUCUGAUCUCAAAUGGGUGAUUGAAUCAGAAAUUCAUUUGGAGAGUGCAAUACAUGCUGACUGCGAUCAAGGAGUAGUGCAUAUAGUCGGCAGCAGCUCAAAUAUGCCUAUGCGUCAAAACCAGGUAGCAAAAAGCAGCAGUGGUGCAAGAACCGUGCGUUGGAACAAUCCUACUGUUCCCCUCAUACAGACCAACUUAGAACUGGAACACAAAGAAGAUGCAGAGCACUUGUUACAGAUUUUGUUGUCUACAAUUGAACUGGGAAAAAAACAAGGUUGGGGUUGUAGGAAUAUUCUGCACCGAAGUAAUAUUAAAUGGGGCAGAGAUUUUUGAAGGACUAUGGAGGGGGGA